AUGGACAAGGUCCGCGAGAAGGCUUCCGCCCUCAAGGAAGAGCUGAGAACUGAUGCCACGCUCAAUCGUCUUGGAGAGAUCGCCAGCACCAACCCAAAGAGUGCCCUGCCAGCUAUAGGCGAAUAUUCUCUCAGCAAGUUCCCCAUCAUCGAGUGGCUUCCACGGUACCAGCCAUCAUGGCUUCUUCAAGAUUUUGUUGCGGGCUUGACCAUCGGCGUCAUGCUCAUCCCUCAAGGCUUAGCAUAUGCCCAAAUCGCCACGAUCCCAAUCGAAAAUGGACUAUACUCUAGCUGGAUUCCAGCUGCUAUCGCAGUCUUCAUGGGCACUUCCAAAGAUCUUUCGACUGGCCCUACGUCCAUCCUCGGACUUUUGACUGCCGAAAUCAUAGUCGACCUUCAGGACGAGUAUACCCCAGCUCAGAUCUCCACCGCCGUCGCCCUCAUGGUUGGAGUAUAUGGCCUGAUUCUCGGCAUGCUUGAGCUCGGCUUCAUCCUCGACUACGUCUCUGUCCCCGUCCUGACUGGAUUCAUCUCCGCCACUGCUCUUGUUAUCGGCUUUGGCCAGGUCUCCAAGCUCAUUGGCCUUGAUGACGUGCCCGACGGCGUCUUCUUCACGCUCGGAGACGUGCUCAAGCGACUGCCCGAGUGGGACGGUCCAACCUGUGGUGUUGGUUUCGGGUCGAUAUUCAUGCUCAUCAUCUUGCAAAAGAUCGGCCAGCGGUUUGGAAAGAAGCACUUCAUCAUCAAGUACCUCUCCUCCAGCCGCGCCGUCAUCGUGCUCGUCAUCUUCACCCUCAUUUCAUAUCUGGUCAACAAGGACCGUGACGUGAAGCACUAUGUCUUCGCCGUUACCAAAGUCCACACCAACGGGAUCAGUAGUCCCUCAGUCCCUGAGUCCGGCCUUGUGGGCAAAGUUGCUGGUCGGGCCAUUGCUCCCUUCAUGGCCUGUGCGCUAGAGCACUUGGCUGUCGGAAAGGCUUUUGGUCGCAAGAACAACUACACCAUCGGCCAGAGCCAGGAGCUCAACUACUUGGGCGUGACCAACAUCAUCAACAGCUUCUUCCACGUCAUGCCUGUCGGAGGCGCCAUGUCCCGGACUGCGGUCAAUAGCGAGUGCCGUGUCCGUAGCCCUCUGUAUGGCGCGAUCACCGCGGGCUUCAUUGUCCUGACGCUUUACGUGUUCUCUCCGGCGCUUUACUGGCUACCCAAGUCGACCCUCGCAGCUAUCAUUAUCAUGGCCGUCAUCCACUUGUUUGGACCACUGUCCCUGUUCUGGAGAUACUGGCGCAUCUCCUUGGCCGACUUUAUCGCCUCCAUGGUCGCCUUCUGGGUCACCAUCUUUGUCUCUGCCGAGAUUGGCAUUGGCGCUGCAGGAGGCUUCAGCAUCGUCUGGUCCCUGGUGCGAGCGGCCUUUGCCAAGCCCGACGUGAACACUGGCGGUACAAGCCACGGCACCUCCUCCGGAUCGUCGUCGGACCCCGAGACAGGACACGCUGGCCGUAGGGGUACGGACGCCACAUUCAACAGCCAGAAGCCCACCACGAAGGAGAUUGAAGCACUCGACCGCCAAACCACAUUCGGCACUGCCGAGUACACUCCCAGUACCGGCAACUACCCCUCCCGUGCCCGGGCCGAUCCACUGCCCGAGGAUACAGCCGUCGUCCGCUUCACCGACAACAUCUUCUUCCCCAACGCGUACAGGGGUAAGACGACCGCGCUCGAGGGAAUCCAGCUCGUGUAUCCGGCCGUCCGCCCCUCCUCAUCGGCCCAAAACGCCGAACGCAUCUGGACCGUCGCGGCAGAGCGCCGUCUCGAGCGCCUGCGUGCACUGCGUGGUGUCGUGCUCAAGGAUACCGCCUUGGCCGUGGUCGUGUGGGACCUGACGCGGGUGUCGUGGAUCGACACGACGGGCAUCAUCGCCCUCGGCGAGCUCAAGGACGAUAUCCAUCGGCAGCUGGGCAAGUAUGUGCAGAUUCGCAUGGUCGGAGUGAACGAGAAGGUGAGGCGCAAGUUCUGGCGGGCGAAGUGGAAGGUCGUGGAUGUCGAGGAGUCGAGGGCCGGAGUCGAGGGCGAUGUGGUGUACGGCUCGCUCGAGGAAGCGAUCUGGCACCGCGAGGAGAUGGAGAAGGGGAGCUUUGAAGGCGUGACGCUGGAGAAGAGUGGCUGA